UGCCGCUGGGCGGCCUGCGCGGACCCAAGGUCUCGCAGCAGUUGCAAAUGGCCAUGGCGGCCAUGAGACCCACGGCUGGACAGGAUGCACUGGCUCAAUUGACUGCCACGGCGUUGGGCAUAGCGCCAGCUGCGCAUCCACAUCAACUGCUCAUGCAACAGCAGCUGCAGCAGCAGCAGCAGCAGGCGCAACAGCAGCAGCAGCAGCAGCACCCGAAUCCUUAUCAGCCGCUGCAGAGCAAUCACAACUUCAACAACAACAACAAUAACAACAAUUUGAAUGAUAACGAACGCGCCUUAAAGUUCAGCAUCGACAACAUACUCAAAGCGGACUUUGGCUCACGGCUGCAGCAGCGUCUGGCGGCAACUGGCGCAGCCGCUGGCAUCGGAGUUGGAGCUGGCGCCGGAGCUGCGCUGAAGACGCCGCGCAAGAGCCACAAGCCUUUGAAUCUGGUGCAGCUGCAGACGCAAACGCAGCCCAGUCUGAGCUUCUCCAGCACAUUGGCCAACAUUUGCAGCAAUAGCAACGACUCCAACAGCACCGCCACCAGCAGCAGCACCGCCAACAAUCCGGCAGCCGUUGACCUGGUCAAGUCGCCAAGCGCCACCUCGCCAGCGCCAGCAGCGGGAGCAGCAGCCAGCGGAAAAGCAGCCGACGAUAACGGCGCAACGUCGACGUCCACAUCGACUAGCGCCACGCCCAUUGUGUGGCCCGCUUGGGUCUAUUGCACGCGCUACAGCGAUCGCCCCAGCUCAGGUCGAAGUCCGCGCACUCGCAAGCCCAAGAAGCCAGCCGCAUCGAGCACUGCGGGCAGCAGCAGCGGCGACAAGUCCGAUCCGGAUGGCGCCUCCGGCUGCGCCGGUGUGCCGGAGGACAAGCGGCCACGCACUGCCUUUAGCGGCACGCAGCUGGCACGACUUAAGCAUGAGUUUAACGAGAAUCGCUACUUGACGGAGAAGCGACGCCAGCAGCUGAGUGGGGAGCUGGGCCUGAACGAGGCGCAGAUCAAGAUCUGGUUCCAGAACAAGCGAGCCAAGCUGAAAAAGUCGAGCGGCACCAAGAAUCCGCUGGCGCUGCAGCUGAUGGCCCAGGGCCUCUACAACCACUCGACGGUGCCGCUGACGCGCGAGGAGGAGGAGCUGCAGGAGCUGCAAGAGGCGGCGGCAGCGGCGUCCGCAGCAGCAGCAGCAGCGUCCGACCCAUCGUAG